GUCAGUUGGAGUUGUCUCUCCACUAAAACAAACUGAUCGCAAGCCGAUAGCAAAAUGCGCACAUUCAUUCUAGUCGCUCUCUUCGCCGUGGUCUCUCUGGCCGCCGCUCAAGGACCUGGUCGUGGAGGUCCAGGAGGACCUGGUGGCGGUCCUGGUGGUCGUGGAGGUCCUGGCGGACCGGGUGGUCGUGGAGGUCCUGGAGGUUCCGGUGGUCCUCAAGGCCCCGGUGGUCGCCCAGGAGGUCCUGGUGGUCCGCCUAGAGGCCCCGGAGGUGCUGGUGGUCCUCCCAGAGGCCCCGGAGGUCCCGGUGGUCAUGGCGGUCCCGGUGGUCAUGGCGGUCCUGGUGGUCCAUGGGGUCCAGGCGGUCCAUGGGGGCCACCACGCAACUGCAGCACGACCACAGAGGCAAGCUCCGACAGCACAGACGCGCCCAGCACAGAAGCCUCCAGCACAGACGCGCCCAGUACAGAGGAAAGCACAGACGCCUCCAGCACAGAGGCCUCCAGCACAGACGCCGCCAGCACAGACGCCUCCAGCACCGACGCCGCCAGCACAGACGCCGCCAGCACAGACGCCGCCAGCACAGAGGGAAGCACAGAGGCCUCCAGCACAGAGGGAAGCUCUGCCAGCACAGAGGCGUCCAGCACAGACGAGUCCACCUCAACCGAGGCCAGCGGCUCGGGAUCCGAUUAGCCUGCUUCAGAUCUGGCUUACAUUUCUGCUGCUGGGGGGGCGUGCGGGAAGCCAGUAAAUAAAUAAAUAUAUGUAUGGCUUGACGAGAA